AUGAUUAAAAACACCAAUGCGACUGUGAUGGGGUCAGAACUUACCCAUGUUAAACGCUGCAUUCUUUCAGGGAGCUUGAAUGGCAAGGGGAUUUACACUAAGCUUUGUAAGAAAUGGCUGGAGAGCUUUAUGUACAGUGGACGGGCCCUGUUGGUGUCAUCUGGGACAUCAGCUUUGGAGAUGGCAGCUAUUGUUGCAAAUAUACAGCUCGGUGACGAGAUAGUUGUACCGAGCUAUACCUAUGUCACCACUGUGAACUCUUUCGUUCUUCGGGGUGCCAUCCCCGUCUUUGUGGAUUUGGAUUAUGCCACAAUGAACAUCAACGCAAGUCUUAUCGAAGCCGCUAUCACAUCAAAGACACGGGCAAUUGUUCCAGUGCAUUAUGGCGGAGUUGCUUGUGACAUGGAUAUUAUCAUGCAAACGGCUAAGGAGCGUAACUUGAUUGUUUGUGAAGAUGCUACAAUGGCUUGCUGUUCGACCUUCAACAAACGCAUGCUAGGCACUAUCGGCCAUUUGGGUUGCAUAAGCUUCCAGGAAAAGAAGAAUCUCACGGCAGGCGGGCAGGGUGGAGCUCUGCUUGUAAAUGAUCCGAGUCUUAUAGAGCAUGCUGAAAUUCUGUACGAGCAUGGGACGAACCGGGGGCGCUUUCUUCGCGGGGAAGUCGAGCGCUACGAGUGGUUGGGAUUGGGCUUGAACGCAACACUUUCAGAGGUUCAAGCAGCUUUCCUUUUUGGUCAAAUUGAAGCCGUGGACCGAAUAAAUGAACGAAGACUGUUGCUUUGGCAACGAUACUAUACUGCUCUUACUUCGUUAUCCGAAAAAGGAUAUAUCAAUCUUCCUCUGAUCCCAAACAACACAACCCACAACGCGAACAUCUUCUGGAUUCAGGUAUGCGAUGUGUCUCAGCGUUCUUCGCUGCUUCGCCACCUGAGUGGGGCGAAUAUCCAGGGCCAUCCGCAAUUUAUGCCGUUCCAUUUGUCCCCGUUUGGACGUAAGUAUGGUCGGUUCUCGGGUGAAGACAGCGUGACCUCCCUUGCAGUGUCACAAAUCCUCCUCUUACCAAUUCACAUGGCCUUGUCAGAUGAGGAUCAAAAUUUUGUCAUAGAUACGAUCAUUUCCUUUUGGCGAGAUAGGAGCCAUUCGUCUACCUAG